UUAUAUACCAUCUCAGCCCACAAUCAUAAAGAGGAAGCUCACGCAAAACCCUAAUAAAACCCUAAUUCACUGCACAGACGGAGAAAAGCCUGAAAAGGGAUAGAGCGAUGGAUCACAUAGCAGCAGCUGAGGAGCGAAUUGUGACGGAGAGAUUGAGGCAAAAACUAAAUGAAGUGAACUCUAUCGCUCAAUCCCAACUCUCAGGCGUCCAAGACCAUGUCAAUUUCACUCUUCAGCAAGCGUACUUUAAAUGCGCCUACGAGUGCUUCGACAGGAGAAGGCGGCAAGAAGAGAUUGGCAACUGCGUGGAAAACUGCAGUGCUCCAGUUAUGAAUGCUCAGAAUUUGGUUGAAAAUGAGAUGGCCAAAUUCCAAGAAAGAUUGAAUAGGUCUUUGAUGGUCUGCCAAGACAAAUUUGAGGGAGCCAAGCUCCAACAUACCAGAACCGAUGCCAUGAAGGAUCUGGAGUCAUGUGUUGACCAAUCAAUCCAAGACAGCAUUAAGACAUUACCACACCUUGUUGGAAGAUUGGAGGCUUCUCUCUCCGUCAAAGAUUAGAAUUACACAGUAGUAUCAUAAUCUUCAGCUUUCUGUUACUUCUCUUUUUCAUAAUUUUAUUUACAAAAUUGAUGAAAGACAUUCUGACCUGCAGUGAAUCUGGAGGCCCGAAUACAUGAAGAACUAUAAGCUCUAUUCUACCUUGUUUCUCUCACUAGCAAAUUUAGUUACCAAUUGAUUGAUUGACAUUGUUUUGUAAUGAGGGAAUUUUGUUCGACCCUAUUUUAUUGGUAAAAGAACAAAGGCAUGGGCAAGGAAAAGUAACUUAUAAACUUUACAUGGAGGAUGACCAUUACUAGUUUCAUCUUUUAACUCUGAAUUAGAUGGCCUUGAUAUAAAUUAUUGAGCCGAUUACUUUUA